AAACUUUAUUCCGUGUUAUCACUCUUCGUGAUUUAUGUAGAAACCUCAAAGUAGCUCAAAGCAAAUAGCCAGUGCUUAUCGUGAAAUAAACAGCAAAACUUCAAUAACUCUUUCAAGUUUUCUCAUGGUAGCAUUAAAUCUACAUACAUAAGUUGCACAAAAAGAGACAUUUGCUAAAGGAAAAAGGCCGUGUCGUUAAAUCUGUUAAUUUGUCGUCAUAAAAUACAGUUUUUAUAUUUAUGCAUCAUAAUUUAGUCUUUUCGACACUGAGUGAAAUAUAAAAAUUGAUAAAUUACUUUUUAAAAGCCAUUAAAGAAAGCAACAACGAAGAGGGAGAAUAAAAAUAAAAAUUCAUACAUACAUAGAAGAGAAAUAAAAUAGUUUCUUUGACGUCAUGGCAGUUCAACUUCCAACAUUUGAAGAUCUUCUCAAGAAAACUGCGACAAGCUUUGAGCACAUUUAUAAAAGGAAACCUGAUAUCGCCGCUUGUGCUCCAGGGCGCGUGAAUUUAAUUGGCGAACACAUCGAUUAUUGCGAUGGAUUUGUGCUACCAAUGGCACUCCCCAUGGUCACAAUAAUCGUAGGUCGAAAAAAUGACACGAAAAGUGAUUGCAACAUCACAACAAUGUGCGCAGAAGCUGAUCAACCCAAACAAGUUCAAUUUCAAAUUGAAAAUCUCUGUUCCGGAACACCUAAAUGGGCGAAUUAUGUGAAAGGAGUUAUCUCUCAUUACGGAUUUUCUGUCCCGGGAUUUGAUGCAGUGAUUAAUACAAAUGUUCCAAUUGGUGGAGGCCUAUCAUCAAGUGCCGCUCUUGAAGUUGCUACGCUGAAAUUCAUCGAGAUAAUCGCUGAUGAAAAAUAUGCAAAGGAAAAAGACAAGGCGUUGAUUUGUCAGAAGGCAGAACAUACUUUUGCCAAUAUGCCAUGCGGUAUCAUGGACCAAUUCAUUUCGGUUAUGGGAAAGGAAAAACAUGCACUCUUAAUUGAUUGUCAGUCGCUCAAUGUUAACCAUAUACCUUUUGAUGCGGAAGAUUUGUUGGUUUUAAUUUGUAACUCCAAUGUAAAACAUGAGCUCUCUUCGAGUGAAUAUCCUACUAGGCGUAAACAAUGCAGUGAAGCGUUGAAAUUAAUGGGUCUGGAGAGUUAUCGUGAAGCUAAUUUAUCGCAUUUGAAAGCACUGGAAGGAAGCGCAGAAAAUGUUUUGAUCAAGCGAGCCAGGCAUGUUAUUGGAGAAAUUGAAAGAACUUUAAAAGCUUCCGAAGCUUUAAAAAGCUGUGACUUUAUUACAGUUGGUAGACUUAUGCUUGAAUCUCAUAAAUCAUUAUCAAGCGAUUUUGAAGUAUCGUGUCAUGAAUUGGAUAAAUUAGUGGAUUUGGCCAUGCAGUGUAAUGGUGUUCUAGGCUCUCGCAUGACAGGCGGUGGUUUUGGCGGAUGUACGGUGAGCUUGGUGCUUUCAAAGGAAAUUGAUAAUGUUAUUAAGCAAAUUGAUAGCGAAUAUUCUGGUGCUACAUUUUAUGUUUGUAAGCCUGCUGAUGGCGCCCGAGCUAUUGAUUUAGGAAAUUUAAAUUAAUGGGCAUCGAUUAGAAGGGACACUUCAAUUUAUAACAUUCUUGUCGGCAUCCCCACAAACUUCACAGCAUUUAUUUUAUUUUAAACAUUAUAGAUAUUGCAUGUAGAUGAUUUUCACUUCGAAUAAUUUGUGGCCUUAAAAAGGUUUAAUUUAAUAAAGCAAUGAGAAUACGCAGAAUAAAGAAACACCAUCAA